CUCCUCCUUCCUCCUCGCAGCAGCAGCACACGCCAACACUUGCCAAGCUCUCGCGUCGCUCAGCGCUAGCUCCUAGCUAGUAUCUUCUUCCACCGGGCACCGGCCGGCCAGCCGUCGUCAGCUAGCUAGCUAGCCAUGGGGUCGACGGCGGAGGACGUGGCGGCGGUGGCGGACGAGGAGGCGUGCAUGUACGCGAUGCAGCUGGCGUCGUCGUCGAUCCUCCCCAUGACGCUGAAGAACGCGCUGGAGCUGGGCCUGCUGGAGGUGCUUCAGAAGGACGCCGGCAAGGCGCUGGCGGCGGAGGAGGUGGUGGCGCGGCUGCCCGUGGCGCCGACGAACCCCGCCGCGGCGGACAUGGUGGACCGCAUGCUCCGCCUCCUCGCCUCCUACGACGUCGUGAAGUGCCAGAUGGAGGACAAGGACGGCAAGUACGAGCGUCGGUACUCCGCCGCCCCCGUCGGCAAGUGGCUCACCCCUAACGAGGACGGCGUCUCCAUGGCCGCCCUCGCGCUCAUGAACCAGGACAAGGUCCUCAUGGAGAGCUGGUACUACCUGAAGGACGCGGUGCUUGACGGCGGCAUCCCGUUCAACAAGGCGUACGGGAUGACGGCGUUCGAGUACCACGGCACGGACCCGCGCUUCAACCGCGUGUUCAACGAGGGCAUGAAGAACCACAGCGUGAUCAUCACCAAGAAGCUCCUCGAGUUCUACACGGGCUUCGACGAGUCCGUCUCGACGCUCGUCGACGUGGGCGGCGGCAUCGGCGCCACCUUACACGCCAUCACCUCCCACCACUCCCACAUCAGGGGCGUCAACUUCGACCUCCCCCACGUGAUCUCCGAGGCGCCGCCGUUCCCCGGCGUGCAGCACGUCGGCGGGGACAUGUUCAAGUCGGUGCCGGCCGGCGACGCCAUCCUCAUGAAGUGGAUCCUCCACGACUGGAGCGACGCGCACUGCGCCACGCUGCUCAAGAACUGCUACGACGCGCUGCCGGAGAAGGGCGGCAAGGUGAUCGUCGUCGAGUGCGUGCUGCCGGUGACCACCGACGCCGUCCCCAAGGCGCAGGGCGUGUUCCAUGUCGACAUGAUCAUGCUCGCGCAUAACCCCGGCGGCAGGGAGCGGUACGAGCGGGAGUUCCGUGACCUCGCCAAGGCCGCUGGCUUCUCUGGGUUCAAGGCCACCUACAUCUACGCCAACGCCUGGGCCAUCGAGUUCAUCAAGUAAAAAUGCAGACAGAGUCCUCCGUACGUCGCUCGCUGCGAUGAGAUGGCACAUGUCAUGGAUGGUCCUCAUCGCCGGCCGGCUCCAUCGCCGCCGUCUUCUUCUUCUGGUUGCUGCUGCUACUGCUGUCGCACAUGCAUCUACUUUUGCUUACUUUGCUUUCUUCAUUCAUCGAUCCUGCAUUAUAAUUAAUGGCCUAGCCUGCCUCCGAUGUCCGAUCCAUACAUGGUGGCCAUAUAUAUCUUUGGUUCGUCUUGUUGAGCUGUUGCAUGUUCUUGGAUUCUAAAUUGCUGUCGAAUUGUCUCUGCGCCAUGUACCAGUAAUAACAAUCAAGGUUAUACUUACUAUAUACAAUGACAUGCAUGCCGGUUUAUUUCUCUA